UUUUUUUCUGGAGGAAACCUAUUUUUAUUUCUAUUUAUUUUUUAUUUUAUUUUUUUGUUGGUGAAGAUAAAUACUUUCACAACAGGCGGAUGGUCAGUCAGGCAGCCAUGCGAGGCCAGCGUGUGGUGGAGAGCGAGUACAGGUGCUGGAACCCGGCCGUCUGGCUCCUGGUGUCCUUGCUGGGAUCCCUGGUCUUGGUGACCCUCAGUGUGCUGCUGCGACUUGGUGAGUGGGUAGGGGGCGGUUGGAGUGAGGGGUGCCGUGUGAGAUUUGACCAAAAACAGCUGAAGAUCACUCCUUCCAAGCUGCUAGACUGCUGGAGUUGAGCUUUCUGCCAUACAGAACACUACAUGUGAUCAGAAAAUCACUUUUUAAAAUCAGUUUAAAAAUAUGUUAUGUUAUGUUGUCUAUAUUUGGGUCUAUAUUUCAGAAAUGGGACAUAUAAUAAAAAGACUGGAGAUAUAAGAGUAACCUCAGCAUUUAAUUGAAUGGAUUUUGCACUGAUGAAGUAAUUGUCGUGGAAAUUGUCUUAACACUAAACACAAAUAUGGAGUAAUACACAAAACACUGCUGGGUUUAAGAUUAAAAAUAUUAUUGUACAAUAAGGAGACAGAUCACACAAAGAUUUGCAUCAGUUCGUCUCAGCGAACAAAGAGCAACCCUAAUCUAAUACAGUUGCCGGAUUACCUUUACAUAAUAACAUCAUGUUUCAUUUUCUCAAAAUGGCUACAGUAAAAUUCAUUGAUCAUGUUUGUGUGACAUUGUUAUUGUUAUAGUGAACAAUGUGAAAUAUAUAUGGAAAAGUAAUAGACCUUAAAAGUGUCAGAUAGACACUUAUUAAAGUAUGUUAUUUCCUAAAGGGGAUAAUUUUUCAUACACUGGCUCAGGACCAGAGGGAGGUUUUAUGAAGAAUGAAACUGAUUCCAAAACUUUAUUUAAAGCUAUCAUAUAUUGCUGUAACAUUUCUUUUUUAAAACUCAUACUGUAUGUUUUUACUUUUUAAAGUUUUUCAGAUUAGUAGUUCAUAAAUAUAAUUUUGUUGGCCCUUCCAUAUCUGACUAAAUUAAUUUUGAGUUAGAGAAAUUUUGAUAUUCUCGUGGGAUAAGAGGAAAGGUUACCACUGCCCUAAACUGAAAGAGAAUUGACACAUGAGAUGAUUUCUUGUGUGUCAGUGCUUAACCACAUGUUUAAGGCUUUAAUAAUGCUGGAGAACCAGGUGUACCUGCAAGUGAACUCCCUGUAGAUGAGGGCUAUUGUGUCCACAGUUACUGCUCUGUGUUUACCAGUGGUACAGUAGCUGGCUGCGAGCCCUGCAGCUGUUUUGAAGCGAGGAUUGAUUCCACUCACUGGACUUUAUGGAUCAACAAAGAUAUGGAACAAUUCAUCCAAAUGUGCUGACACCAGCUUACGAGUUCUAUUUCUUAAUAGAUCCAACAGAUAUCUAAAUGUGUGCCUGACUAACAUUUGUCGUAUUCUUAUUACAGGAGACAUGAAAAUAAACAGACGGGCUGUAUCCAGUAAGUGAUAUUAAAGUGUUCUGAUCCCCCAUAGAAUAAGAACUGUGUCUGCCCAGAAUAUAAACCACAAUGUAACCUACAUGUGACACCAUAAACAGAUGCAUUACCCAUCCCUGGGGCUAAUGUUAAUUAGCUAAUUAGAAUGUCCUCUAUACAGACCCAGAAACAAUUUCCACUGUGUCUUCACGGACACCUGGGAAAAUAUGGAUUGCAUCAAAACACACACAUCUCAGAAAUUUAGAUCAGAGGCAGAUAGCUCAGUCCUGCAUGGAUCAUCUGUCUUUUGCCUUAAAAAUAUCAACUUUUGUUUUAAUUCAUACAUGAAUUGGCUUUUGGAUUUAUUUUCUCAAGGUCAAAUGGUACAAAUAAAGAGCACAACUUUGGAUUUGGAUGUUGUAUUCCCCCUUUCUUUUAUCUUUUUUUGUUCUUCACUUUCAAAAUAAAAUCCCAGAUUAAAGGAGCAGGCAGCAAUAUCUCUGUUGUAGCUCUUGCUGGUGCAGUAUGUGGUCUAAACAGGCCUCCUGUUGUGGUUUCAGGCUGUGUCUAGUGUUACAGGAAAAUAGAUAUAGUAGAUAUAGAGUACAGUAACUAUGCAAGGCCAAGAACCUCCUUUCAACAAAUAAUUUGACCAUACUCUCUCUCCCUCACUCUCCCAUAUCCCCUCCUCUCUCCUGUUUCAGCCAAUACCGUGGAAUCCCCCGAGAGGACGCAGUACCAAGGUAAGCAUGAGCUUUACAGCACCUCCACCUCCACCUUCACACACCUGACCCAGACACUCAUGUUCAGAAAAACACGCCUGCAUCCAGGCCACGUCAUGAAACCUAUCAGUGGCUGGCUGUAUGUCAGUGAAAGAGAGCACAGAAGGUAGAUCAGUGCCUGGGGCUUUCUAAACAAGGUCACUUUCCCAGCUCUCCAUUUCCCUAAUCCCCUCAAUGACUUAUUUGCUAUUUAACCACCCUCCUGCAUCCACCUCGUUCACUUCCAGGGAGUCAUGUGGCUUAUUGUGUGCCUUAACUUGGCAGGAUUAGACUUAUUCCAGAAGGAUGUUUUUUUUUCUUCUAAUUAACCAUCAUUACAUUACAGCCAAGCCAGUCUUCUCUUCUCUUCUCCUCUCCUCUUCUCUUCCGAUACAAAGAGUAAAGCCUUUAUGAGCCUCAGUUUUUGUUAGUGAGGUGGCACAAACAUAACCAGAGACAAAGGAACGUCCCCACUUCACUCAAAGAGAGACAUGACUAACAAAUAUGACAGAGAGAAGCCCUGACAGAUAUGAUUUGUUUUUCUCCCCCAAAGUGCAACUGGUGAAUGGACGUAACAGGUGCGAGGGUCGCGUGGAGGUGCGCUACAAUGAUACAUGGGGCACAGUGUGUGAUGACGACUGGGACAUGGUGGAUGCCAAAGUGGUGUGUCGGCAGCUGGGCUGCGGUGUGGCGGUGGCGGUGGGCAGCAGCUCUCAGUUUGGUCAGGGAUCAGGGCUCAUCCUGCUGGAUAAUGUGGACUGCAAAGGAAGUGAGACAGACCUCAGUCAGUGCAACAGUCUGGGCUGGGGCAUCCACAACUGUUACCACUAUGAGGACGUGGCUGUUACCUGCAGAGAACCAUCAGUGGUUGGGGUAAAAGGUUUCGGGGAUCUCACCACACCAUCCCCUGGGAAUGCAGGUUUAGGAGAUGGCACCAUCCGUCUGGUGGGUGGACUGAACUCCUGCCAGGGCCGGGUGGAGGUCUACUACCAGGGAAGCUGGGGGACAGUGUGUGAUGAUGACUGGGGCAAUAUCGAUGCCGACGUGGUGUGCCAGCAGAUAGGCUGUGGCCAUGUUGUCUCGGCACACACCAACUCCUACUUUGGCUACGGGACCGGCCUGAUUCUUCUGGACAAUGUCAACUGCCAUGGCAACGAGCAGCAGCUGUCUAAAUGCAAUAGUCUGGGCUGGGGAAACCACAACUGUGGCCAUCACGAGGAUGCUGGGGUCACCUGCACUGGUUCAGGAUCCACUACUGCACCUCCGGUGGUGAACACUCCCACUGGAGGUCCGAGAUCAAUCUGGCCUACACAGGACACUGCAGCAACAACUGAGGAAGUUACUGUCACCCAAAGUACAACAACUGUUACCACAACUGCCCAGACAAAAGACAAGCCAGCCAUUCGUGUGGUGAAUGGAAACAGUAGCUGCCAGGGUCGUGUGGAGGUCCUCUACAGAAACGUUUGGGGAACGGUGUGUGACGACGACUGGGACAUGCCCAAUGCCAAUGUGGUGUGCAGGCAGCUUGGUUGUGGCUUGGCUAUCGCAGCCAAGUCUCAGGCCUACUUCGGCUAUGGUUCGGGUCCGAUCCUGCUCGACAAUGUGGAAUGUAAUGGCAACGAACUAGAGCUGUCCCAGUGCUUCCACCUCGGCUGGGGUCAGCACAACUGUGGCCAUCAUGAGGAUGCUGGAGUUAUCUGUGCACCUUUUAUGCUAAACAUCGGACUUGCACGUGACUUUAGAGUAACAGAAAGGAUGCACACCACCACCACACCACCCACUGAAGGAAUGGUGAGGCUGGUGGAUGGCCAGCAUAACUGUGAGGGUCGGGUGGAGAUGUACUUAAAUUCUGGAUGGGGCACAGUGUGCGAUGAUGCUUGGGACCUCCCUGACGCACAGGUUGUGUGCCGUCAGCUUGGCUGCGGGGAGGCCACGGCAGCUCGGGGAGAAGCUUACUUUGGGCCUGGCACAGGAACAAUCCUGCUGGACAAUCUCAAGUGCAGCGGUACGGAGGCCUCCCUGCAGCAGUGCUCCCAUAUAUCCUGGAGUGUGCACAACUGUGAUCACUCUGAAGAUGCUGGCGUCACCUGCUCACUGUCGUGAUUUCAAUAGAAUCACACUCCCACCUUUGCCAUGAAUUGGAAGUGGGUGUACCAACCUGGGACUUGUAUACAUUAUGUAAAUAACAGCUUUCACAUUGCUGAAGGAAUACUCCACCAACAACAACAUACAAACUAACUAAUAUGACAAUAUAUGAUUACAUACUAUAACUAUCUAUGCCUAUUAAGCACUUUAUAAAUAAAUA